CAAAAAUCUGAAAUUUCAGAGCGGUGGAGUUCAAAGUAAGAUCUACAAACCCUGUGAGUAAACAAGAAAGUCUUCACUGAUUUUGGUUAUUAGUUAGACUGUGUGUACGGCUUUAAGUGUCAUCUUCAGGUCUCUCUCUCUGUAAGUGACAUCUAGAGAAGAAGGAGCGGCCGACAAGUGAAAUGGUUCAGGAUGCGUUGAGAACCUCCGCAAGUGGUGGAGGACUUUCAACAACGGCUGUAUCUAAUGGUGGAGGGAGAGGCCGUGUCUUGUUGCGCGGUUGGCAGGUUCAAAAUACCUCACUCAACAUCAAAAUCAUGAUUCUCUGCGGCUUCGUCACCAUUCUCAUCUUACUUGGCACAGUCAGUGUUGGUAACCUUGGAAACUCCAACCCUGACGCAGUCAAUCAAGAUCUCAUCAUGGAAACUAACCAAAAUCUCAUUAAGGAAACUGAUACAGGAAAUGCAAAUAGUUUCUCUGUAUCAGAAACAGAGCCGAAUCUUGCCGAGAGCCCAUCUGAUUCUGCUCCAACUGACUUGGAGAAGCAGCCGAAAGCUGAGUUUAAUCCUCCAACUGACUUGGUGGAGCCGCCUAAAGCUGAGGUUAGUCCUCCAACUUCCUUGGAGGAGCCACAAAAAGCUGAGGCUAACCCUCCAACUGCCUUGGAGGAGCCACAAAAAGCUGAGGCUAACCCUCCAACUGCCUUGGAGGAGCCACAAAAAGCUGAGGUUAAUCCCAACGUGACGUACACUCUAGGUCCCAAGAUCACCAACUGGGACAGUCAACGCAAGGUAUGGCUUACUCAAAACCCUGAGUUUCCUAGUAUAGUCAACGGCAGAGCUAGAAUCUUGCUUCUCACCGGGUCUUCUCCAGGACCCUGUGAUAAACCCAUUGGAGACUAUUAUCUACUGAAAUCAGUCAAGAACAAGAUUGAUUACUGUAGGCUUCACGGGAUAGAGAUUAUGUACAACAUGGCGCAUCUAGAUGAGGAACUCUCAGGGUAUUGGACUAAACUGCCUAUGAUUAGGAGAUUAAUGCUGUCUCAUCCAGAAGUGGAAUGGAUUUGGUGGAUGGAUAGUGAUGCUUUGUUCACUGAUAUACUCUUUGAGAUCCCCUUGUCACGUUACGAGAAGCAUAAUCUUGUGAUACAUGGUUAUCCAGACUUGUUGUUCAACCAAAAGUCAUGGGUUGCGUUGAACACUGGUGUUUUUCUGUUGAGGAAUUGUCAGUGGUCGUUGGAUUUGUUAGAUGCUUGGGCUCCAAUGGGCCCAAAAGGGCCGGUUCGUGACGAAGCUGGGAAGGUACUGACUGCUUAUCUGAAAGGUAGGCCAGCUUUUGAGGCGGAUGAUCAAUCAGCGUUGAUAUAUCUUCUCCUUACGCAGAAGGAUAAGUGGAUGGAUAAAGUUUACGUUGAGAAUCAAUACUAUUUGCAUGGGUUUUGGGAAGGUUUGGUUGAUAAGUAUGAAGAGAUGAUGGAGAAGUAUCACCCGGGGUUAGGUGAUGAGAGAUGGCCUUUUGUGACGCAUUUCGUGGGGUGCAAACCGUGUGGUAGGUAUGCUGAUUACGCGGAGGAGAGGUGCUUUAAGAGCAUGGAGAGGGCUUUUAAUUUUGCUGAUGACCAAGUGAUGAAGCUGUAUGGGUUUAGACACAGGGGACUGUUGAGUCCCAAGGUUAAGAGGAUCAGAAACGAGACUGUUUCUCCUUUGGAGUUUGUGGAUAUGUUUGAUAUCCGAAGAACGCAUGAGGAAACCAAACCAUAGAGCGAUAACCAAGAAGUCAAAUCAUACAUAGCUUGACGAGAUCCGAGUAUAAUGUUAUAGGUAACAAAUAUAUCAAAUGCAGAAAAAAAAUUUUCUUGCAUGUACUUGUUUUUUUGUGCUUUAUUGCAUGUUGUUUUUCAGCUCUGCUAAUUUCUUUUUCCAUAGAUAAAUUGUCAUUCUCAGUCAAUAUAUGGAGGAAUUUGAUACUGCAUUUCUGCUUGUUACUCCACUUUUAUUGCAAUAUUAUCUUCUUCCUU